AGGAGCAGUCAGGAAUGGUGACGUCGGAUUGGAAUGAGGGAGUUGAAUGUUCCGGGUCAGAAACUGGACGGGAGGAAAUUAACUCUAGGACCAGGAUAACAAUAAACGAAGUGAAAACCACCGGAAUCAGAAAUGGGACUUUUUUUCGACACACGAUUGUGAGAACUGCUCAACAUUCCAGUGGUAACUUGAUCAAAGAGACUAUCGCAAAAUCAGAAAACCCUAGCAACAAAGUCACAAACUGAGACUGACAGACGAUUAUUCCAUGCUAGUGCUCAACGCUAUUUAUUUACGCCCGGGGAGGUGGUUUGGAUGUUUACUUGUUGUCGCAAUUCGUUCGUAAAGGAAGCUUGUAUUGAGAAAGCCAAAUAGUUGCUAUAGUAGUGCAUGCAGUAAACUGUUGCGCUCAAUCUUACGUUUUAAUAGGAGUCUUUACGAGAUACUUUAAUAGCGGAUUUUGCAUCACCCCGUGAUGUUUCAUUGCAUCCCACUCUGGCGGUGCAACCGUCAUGUAGAAACGGUCGAUAAACGACACUGUUCUCUUCUCUACGUCCCCGAUGAGAUUUAUCGCUACGGACGGAGUUUGGAGGAGCUUUUACUGGACGCCAACCAACUCCGUGAUUUGCCCAAGCCUUUCUUCCAGCUGGUGAAGCUAAGAAAACUGGGACUGAGUGACAACGAGAUCCAGAGGCUGCCCCCAGAGAUUGCCAACUUCAUGCAGCUCGUCGAGCUGGAUGUUUCCCGCAAUGACAUCAUGGAGAUCCCAGAUACCAUCUCCUACUGCAAGGCCCUGCAGGUGGCAGACUUUAGCGGAAACCCCCUCACCAGAUUGCCGGAGAGCUUCCCAGAGUUACGGAACCUCACAUGCCUUUCCAUCAACGACAUCUCUCUGCAGGCCCUUCCUGAGAACAUUGGAAACCUCACCAACCUGGUGUCUCUGGAACUGAGAGAGAAUCUUCUGACAUUCCUACCUGAGUCACUGUCUCAACUCCACAAACUAGAAGAACUGGACCUCGGAAACAAUGAACUCUACAAUUUGCCAGAGACAAUUGGAGGACUUGUCAGUCUUAAGGAUCUGUGGUUGGAUGGGAACCAGUUGGCUGAAAUACCUGCAGAGAUGGGCAGCAUGAGGAGUCUGGUGUGCCUGGACGUAUCAGAAAACAAGCUGGAGCACCUUCCAGAGGAGCUGGGCUGUCUGCUGGCCCUGUCAGACCUGCUGGUCUCCCAGAACCUCAUCGACGCUCUGCCAGAGGGCAUCGGUAAACUGAGGAAGCUGUCCAUCCUGAAGGCAGACCAGAACCGCCUGACCCACCUGCCCGAGAGCAUAGGGAGCUGUGAGAGUCUGACUGAGCUGGUGCUGACAGAGAACCAGAUCCAGAACUUGCCGAGGAGUAUUGGCAAACUGAAGAGGCUGUCGAACUUCAACUGUGACAGGAACCAGCUGAGCUGGCUCCCCAAAGAGAUCGGCGGCUGCAGCAGCCUGAACGUGUUCUGCGUGCGGGAGAACAGGCUGACCCGGAUCCCUUCUGAGCUGUCCCAGGCUACAGAGCUGCACGUCUUCGACGUUUCCGGAAACAGACUGGCCCACCUGCCCAUGUCCCUGACCACCCUGCGACUGAAGGCCCUUUGGCUGUCAGAGAACCAGUCCCAGCCCCUGCUCACCUUCCAGACCGACGUGGACCCAGAGUCGGGGGAAAAGGUGCUCACCUGUGUGCUGCUGCCCCAGCAGCCCUGCGAGACGGACAACAAAGGCACGGACGCGCUGGCGCGCUGCGGAGCCCUGGAGAGCCUGGUCCAGGACAUGGCGGACGACACCUGGGACGAGCGCGCCCCCAAGCGCAUCAGCGCCAUCCACUUCCUGGAGGACGACGAGGAGGAGGACGACGAAAAGGGGAGCCUGAUGAGGAGAGCCACACCUCACCCAGGUGAGCUGAAGACCAUGAAAAAGGCUGUGGAGAACCUGCGGAACGACCUGAAAGCAGCAAAGGGCCUGGACUCCAACAAAAACGAGGUCAAUAGCGCUGGCGAGCGGGUCACCACCUCUGUGUGACCUCCGACACCCGCUCCCAGCCUCCCGUGUCUCUCGCUUCUCGUCACCCCCCCCCCCCCCCCUCACCUGCUCAGACACACCAUCCAUCAACUGUUUACCCACAAUCCCCUUCUGUGGCCUGGCUAUGAACCUCUUCCUCCUCUGGCUCCGCCCUGGGAUUCCGUCGUGUUCUCCACAACCUGUUCUGUUUGUUCCAGAAUCUUCCAGGACCUUCCGGAACCUUCUAGAACUUUCCCCCCCCCCCCCAUGUGUUUUGGCUCUCAUACAACCAGGGCUCAUGUGCCUUCUGACUGAUCAAACCAUUCCCGCGGCAAUAAUCUGCACAGGUUUGCUCCGUUUUUCUUUUUAAAAGUAUUUUUUACAUUUUAGUUGUUUAAAAAAGAGAGAGAGAUGCUUUUUUUAUGGACAGUAGGUAGUUGCACUAUUGUACUUUUUUUAGUUAAAUAUUGUCUAAAAUCGUCUUAAAUAUAUUAUAUAUAUCUAUAUAUAUAUGUGUUCUAUUUUUAUUUUUGAAAACACUGGGUGACUAUUUUACUUUUUACAUUUUGGGGAAACAUUUUACCCGAUCGUGUUAGAACCUACUGAUUGAGGAUUCUUGUACAGACAUUUUGUGAAUAUUGAUACUUUUAUACGUUUUGGCAGCUCAGAUGGUGUAAAUUAAAAUUGUAUAGCCAGUCUCUUAAUCAAUUUCAGGUAAAAAAAAAAAUAUAUAUAACCUAAAUUGGUACGUAUUUUAUUUACUAAAGAAAUGAACAAAAUUGUCUUUGGGGUGA